AUGAAUAUCGAUGAGUCUAUGGUAAUAUUUCGUACGAGUUUUCGAUCAUCCUCACUUGAGAAUGAAGAUGUAUCAGGAGAUGAUGAUGCUACUAAAAAAUCGAUGAAAACUACUGCAAGGAUUGCUCAAAGAAAACACAAGAAGAGAUACACAUCAACAGAAUUAUAUACAACACGCAAUACGAAAUAUGAAAUAGCUACAACUAUAAAAAAGAAAAAGAGAUUUAGGAAUAGUGAAAAAGACGAUCAUAGACAAAAGAGUGUUGGACGUCAUUUAAAACAUCAUCGUAUUAACAAAUUUAAUUCGAUGGCACAGACAAUACACAAAAUUCCUCGUAAUGUUAGUUCAAAUGAAAAUUUACAGAAAACUGACAGCCAAUCUAAUUUAUCUAUUCAAGAUAUCAUACUUCACGUUUUAAAAACGAUACAAAUAGGUGGACAUCACGUAAAAAAUAAAUCAACUGAAGUUUUAAGUUUGCGGUUAGAAGAUAUAAAACAUAAAAUUAAAAAAGAGAAUGAUUUUUAUUCAUUUGAACAAAAAUUCCGACAACGACAUUCAGAAAAAACUCAAAAAGAACUCGAUAAAAAAAUAGAUGUCGCUAUCAAUUAUGUAGCAAAUAAAACUUCUCAUAAAUGGCAGUCUUGGAUCCAUUCAGUUACAGAAAACGAUAAAAUGAAUUCGAUUAAAAACAUAUCUAAUCAUUUUUUAAAUUUAGAUCAAAACUUUAAACAAAGAAGAAGCACAGAUAACGAAUUAAAACAAGUUAUUAGAAGUAUAUCGACAAUUUACGAAAGAAAAUUCAGCGACCUUAUAGAUAAUACAAAUUUCAAUCAAGUUAAUAAUAUGACUGGACUAGAAAAAAAUAUACUUAACAUUAUUUAUCUAAGCGAUCGCUUCAUUACACGGCUUUUUAAUUACAUAAUAGAUGACGAAAACAAAGAUGAACAUAAAGGUAAGGAUUCCAAAACAUUCGAAAUAGAAUUAAGUGAUGAAACAAACACGGAUUUAAAUCGAGCUUGCAUGAAAUUAGACGUUUGUAGGACGCGCAAAAGUUUUACAGCAUUCGUUAUGGAUUUUCUCACGAUAUUAUUGAGCCUUGACAAUAAUAAAUUUGAAGAAGCGUUCGACUCGUUGUCCGAUGUCAUUAGAAGAGACGAUUUCAACCCCGCUUUUGGUCAGGAUAUAGAUAAGGGGUUAAAAGUAAAUUUCGCUAAUGCUGAUGAUCAAAAUUUAGUUCAUAAAAGGUCGAUUAUAGCAAUGAUUAAAAGUAUUUUCUCAAAUAGACACUCACCUGUGAUUGUAUUUAGUGAUGAUAAAAUUAGUGAAGUUAACAAAACAUUGACAUUUAUUCAAAUUAUUAACAUGUUAGAUGAAAAAGUACCAGAAAGUGAGGCAAAUAUUAAAACUUGGAACAAUAUAACAAGAAACUUCCUUAAUUAUGAAGAAAAUAAAGAUAGGAAUAUUAAAAAGACAAUAUCAGAUUUUGUAGCCAAUAUGAAACAUGUAAUUGGUGAAUUGGACGACAAAUCAAAGUAUCAAGUUGUAAACGGUUUUAAAGUGCUAUUUACAUGA